UCGCUGUUGAACGGACACGGCUGCCAAAUGCUGAACGGCAAAUUCUAUACGGGUCUGCCGCCCAAGAUGGAGGGGCGGCAGUGCGGCGUUGGACGCAAUCGGCAGGAAUCGCAUUUCUUCUGGCCCGAUGAUACGCGUGUGGAUAGCGCUGUGGAGACGCGCGUCAAGCGACGCAAUAGCCUGCAGCUGGAGUCUGGCGCGGAACGGCCGCGCUUAACAGCAGGCAGGCGGCUGAGCUCUGUGCAGGACGAGGCAACGCCAGAUGUGGACACACGCCAAAUGUUUCACAAGGAGUUUGCCAAGUCAUCCAUACAGUUCUACGACAAUCUGCAGCCCAGCAAUAGCAAUAACAACAACAACACAAACAACAGAUCCCGUUUGCUGAACCGAACACGUCGCGAGGUGACGCCCAAGCUGACGGAUAUUGAGCCGCUGCCAACAGUGGACGCUACGCCUGAGAUAGACCCGAGCGCAGCCAGACGCCAGCAAGCCUACAGCUCCAAGAUACAGUUCUACGAUUACGUCAACGCCAACGAUGCGGACGCCACGCAGAACAAUGUACGCCGGCCCAAAAUGGACAUGAACAACAAGCGCGAUAUGGAGCUCAACUCCAAGAACAGCCCCAAGCUGCAGGUGAAGCACAAUGUGCGUCACCUCAGCGUAGAGCGUGACCAGCUGACAACACCGCCAACAUUGCGAAUGGUCACCAAAAAGCCACUUAACGAUGGCCAGCCCUGGCAGCAGGAGCAAUAUGAAACAGUGCGCCAACCGCCGUUGCUGCUGCCCAAGAAGAUACUCAAACAGCAGCAGCAGCAGCAGCAGCCUUGGAUUGAGGACUUUGACGAGUCCAUGGUGAACUAUGUGGACAAUGGUGUGCGCCAGCUGCGGCUGCGCAGCCCCGCGCCGGCCAAGAAGCAUGUCACCUACAACGAGGAGGCUGCGGAAUAUGCCUACUACGAUGACAGGUUGGACCCAGCUGUGGGUCGCCAGCUUAAGCAUUCGCAGCCAAAUAUGCGCACAGGAAGUGGCCAACAGCAACAGCAAAAACAACAACAACAGCAGCAGCCAAGUCCAUAUGUGGAAGCUGGUCGCGAUACAAAAUCAUUAAAUAACUAUAAUAAAAAAAAUCAUAAUAAUUAUAACGAAUACAGCAGCAACAACAACGGCAGCGGCGGCUUACGCUCACGGAAAAGCUUGCCCAAAUUGCCAGAGCUGACAACAACAUCAACAGCAACAACAACAAUGCGAAGCCGACGCUUUGAUGACACACGGGCAACAUCAGCAAGCACAGCAGCAACAGUUGCUGCUGCUGCCGCUGCGGAGGCGACGUCUCCCUCUGACCCACGCAAACACCUGCGCAGCAGCCUCUGCUUCAACGGCGACGCUUUGGUCGUGGACGUGGGUGCUGCGCCGCAGUCGACGUCCUCUGUUGCGCUUGCGCGUCGCAGCUCAGCCGGGCAGCGCGUCAGCGUCGGCCUGCCAGACUGAGGCAGCCAGUAUAUACAUAUAUACACACUUUAUACAUAUAUAUAUAUAUAGAUACACUCAAUAUAUUUGAUGUGUUUAUUGAAUGCAACUCAACGUCGGCGUCGUGUCAUGUUAAUUGAAUGCAACAACUGGCCGCCGCGACUGCGACGCUGGCAGCGACAAUUUUAUGGCUGGUUUUUUGUUGUCGUCUGUCGUUGACUUCACCCACAACGCAUCAAAUUAAACACCCCGCCAUCGGCGUUGAGUAUACAUCAUACAUAGUGCUAAUGAUCUUGCCUAAAAAGCGAACAACAAAUCUCUUAUAAUUGCUAUAUAUAUUAUAUACUCUUGUUGUUGUUAGUUGCCAUUGGGCAGUCAAAAUGUAUUAAUUUA